AUGUCUGCCAAGUCGAUUCUCGAGGCCGAUGGCAAGGCCAUCCUCAACUACCAUCUCACUCGCGCGCCCGUCAUCAAGCCCACUCCUCUUCCCAAGUCGGCGACGCACAACCCUCCUCCCAGACUGGCCUCGCUGUACUUCCCUGAAGACACCGAUGUCAUGACUGUCCUGGACCAGGCUGAGGUCACCUACCCGUGGCUCCUGACGUCUGGAUCCAAGUUCGUCGCAAAGCCCGAUCAACUAAUCAAGCGACGCGGCAAGAGUGGUCUCCUGGCUCUGAACAAGACCUGGGCCGAGGCUAAGGAAUGGAUUGCGCAGCGAGCCGGCAAGGAGCAGAAGGUCGAGCACGUUUCUGGUGUUCUCCGUCAAUUCUUGGUCGAGCCUUUCGUUCCUCACCCUGACGGCACCGAGUACUACAUCAACAUCAACUCGGUCAGAGAUGGCGACUGGAUCCUAUUCACCCACGAGGGUGGUGUUGAUGUCGGUGACGUGGAUGCGAAAGCAGAGAAACUCCUGAUUCCCGUUGAUCUUUCGGAAUAUCCAACCAACGACGAGAUCGCAAAGGCACUCUUGACAAAGGUCCCCAAGGGUGUUCACAAUGUACUGGUUGAUUUCAUCUCGCGACUGUACGCGGUCUACGUUGAUUGCCAGUUCACCUACCUUGAGAUUAACCCCCUCGUUGUUAUUCCCAACGAGGACGCCACCUCCGCAGAAGUUCACUUCCUCGAUCUCGCUGCCAAGCUGGAUCAGACUGCUGACUUCGAGUGUGGUGUGAAGUGGGCUGUUGCGCGAUCUCCCGCUGCUUUGGGCCUGACAGCGAAGGCAUCGGCGGGUAGCGUCAGCAUUGAUGCUGGCCCGCCCAUGGAGUUCCCUGCUCCUUUUGGUCGUGAACUGACUAAGGAAGAGGCCUACAUUGCUGAGUUGGAUGCAAAGACUGGUGCCUCUCUCAAGCUGACGGUCCUCAACCCCACUGGUCGCGUCUGGACUCUUGUUGCCGGUGGUGGUGCAUCCGUGGUUUACGCCGAUGCCAUUGCUUCGGCAGGUUUUGCUGAUGAUUUGGCCAACUACGGUGAAUAUUCUGGUGCUCCCACUGAGUCUCAAACGUACCACUACGCCCGCACAGUCCUCGACCUCAUGCUGCGCGCACCCGUGGACCCCAAGGGCAAGGUUCUUUUCAUCGGUGGUGGCAUCGCGAACUUCACCAACGUUGCGUCUACUUUCAAGGGCGUCAUCAAGGCGCUGCGCUACUACGCCAAGCAACUGAAUGAGCACAACGUCCAGAUCUGGGUGCGUCGUGCUGGCCCCAACUAUCAAGAGGGUCUGAAGAACAUGAAGGCCGCAACGCAAGAGUUGGGCCUGAGUGCCAAGAUCUUUGGCCCUGAGAUGCACGUAUCUGGUAUCGUGCCCCUCGCCCUCGUCCCUGGCAAGUGGGAGGAAGGUAAGGUUCAGGAGUUCCAGGGUUGA